GGUGUUAAGGUAGGCUCUUGUGUGAAGGGGUCAGCAUGGAUCACAGAGGUCACCCCCGGUCCGACUCUGGCCGUCACUCCCACAAAGCCAAAGACAAAGAGGACUACUACAGGUAUUCUCAGCAGGAUCGGGAUCAGAGCUACCCACCACAGAACCCCAGAGACUGGGACAGGCACUGGGCUCAUCCUGAUGCCCGCUACAGGACUCAUUUCACCAGUCCUCCUGCCAGACCAGAGCCGUAUCCUUACAGCACUCAGCAGUAUGCUUAUGGCCAUGGCUGUCCGGAACACCAAAGACCCCAGUCCAGACACGGGUAUGACUAUCCACCUCCCAACCACUGGGACUACAGAGACAACUAUGGUUAUUAUGACCAGGACUACUAUAGAGGACAGCAUGGACGACAAGAUGUUGGCCAGUGGGGUCCCCAAGAGUCCUGGAAGACGGACCACUACCAUGACAGAACAUACAAGCAGGAACAUUCAGGGAGCUCCAACACUGAGGAGUACAGGUAUGACCAAGGGAGAGACAGCUCCCAGCAUUACCUCAAUGACUACGAGGAUAAUCCCUCCAGAGAGAAUGAAGAGGUUUCCUCCUAUUACAUGGGGACAUUAGAAAGUUCCAAAAACUCAGGGUUAUCCUCCAGCAGCUAUGAACUGAGUCAGUACAUCAACGGAGCUGAACACAGUGAGCCCGUUCACAUGUCUGCUGCAGAGCACGGACCUGUGCAUCAGGUGUCAGCUCCUCUGAAGUACUCAGUCCCUCAUGCGGUAGCCAGCUUUGGGCCCGCAGGCCAGCUGAUACGGGUCACUCCGGGCUUGUCCACACAGGAGAAUGUCAGCCAGCUGGAAAUCCACAGUCUGGAGGUCAUUCUGAGUGACACAAAGGAACAGCAGGAGAUGAGAACCUUCCCAGGACCUUUAACCAGGGAAGAUUUGCACAAAGUCGAUGCUAUAGAGUUUGCCCACCAGAGGGCAGGUGCCUGCAUGAGAGCUGACAAGCUGCAUGAUAAGAGCUCUGCUGCCCUCUUGUGGAAUCUACUGAUACUGCUCUGCAGACAGAAUGGACAAAUAGUUGGCUCAGAUAUCGCAGAGCUGCUGAUGCAGGGCUCACAUUCAGAUGGAAGCUGGGAGUCAGAUGCUCCCACGCUCAUUGACUUCAGUGAUGCCACAACUGCUGAAGCACCACCUAGCAAAGGAGACGACCUGCUCACAGGAAAUUGGAGCAGCUUCAGCUCUGAGACCUCUGAGAAGGCCCUGCAGAGCUACACCCAACUGCUGCUGGGUGGAAGAAAGAAGGAGGCCUUGGAGUCAGCAAUGAGCAGUGGCCUGUGGGGGCAUGCGCUUUUCCUAGCCAGCAAAAUGGACAACAGGUCCUAUACCACUGUACUAAACAGGUUUACGGGCCAGCUAACGGCCAGUGAUCCCCUCCAGACUCUCUUCCAGCUUCUGUCUGGGAGAAUCCCUGCUGUAGCUGCGGGCUGUGGAAAUGAAAAAUGGGGAGACUGGACGCCCCAUCUGGCUGUUAUGCUCUCCAAUGAGACAGGAGAUCCCGCCGUCCAACAGAAGGCCAUCGUCACCAUGGGAGACUCUCUCGCCUCCAAAGGCCUCUUACAUGCCGCCCAUGUGUGCUACCUGACAGCCAGCGUUCCCUUCGGGGUGUUCACGCAGAAAGCAGACAGACUGGUGCUUCUAGGCAGCAGCCACAGGCAAUCCUUUGAAUACUUUGCCACAAACCCUGCCAUCCAGUGCACCGAGUUGUAUGAGUACAGCCAGACACUUGGGGGCAAAUGCUUUUCAAUACCGUCCUUUCAGGUAUAUAAGUUCCUCUAUGCCAGUCGACUGUUGGACUGUGGGCUUGCAUCACAGGCCUUUCAUUACUGUGAGGUGGUGGGACAGGCCAUCCUCAGGCAGAGGGAGCCUUUCUUUGUGCUGACUGGAGAGGUUAUUAAGCUGUCAGAGAGGCUGAGACACUCGGAGGGUCAGUUCAGUGAAACAGGGGUUAGCGGAGCCGAGCAGGAACCUGACUGGCUGAAACAGCUCCGUGCAAGGUACCACAGUAUUCAGACCGGGAGUUACGACUGUACUGAAACAUACCAGCAGCCACUUCCUGAGGGAAGUGCUUUGGCCCACGAGGAUGGAAAAGUGUGCUUAGAACCAGACUUGGAUGACCUAAGCCGUGACAUCCAGAGUCCAGAGCCUGAACUCCUUUAUUACAGAGGCACAGAGGAUCAAGAAAGCCCUGAGCAUCGGGUUGAAGGACACACUGAGGAAAUGACGUUGUCGUGGGACGUUAGUGGAGCUCAGGACCGGCCACUUGCCAAUUGUCCAAUGCCAGUACCGAUGGUUUAUGCUCCCCCAGGGCCCACAGUGGCUGCGAGCCAAGACUUCAGUUAUCAUAACACAGAUAGUGCUGAAGUCAGAACUGCCCCGCCACAUUGUCCUCUGAGUAAUCUGCCAUCAGCAGCAGAGAGGGCUCGGUUAUCCUCUGGAGCAGGCACAAUGGGGGGUCAGAUGCUGGAAGUCGGCAUCAGUCAUCAUCACAUCCCCCAAGGUUUAGAGGCCUCCGAGCAGAUCGACAAGCCUCCUAAACAGAGCGCCAAGGCAGGAUGGUUCAGUGGUUGGUUCAAAUCAAAACCCAAAGAUGUACGAAAGGAGAGUUCGGAGCAGGGAAGCCCAGCUCAGACAGUGUUACCACCUACUACUGGUGUCUGCCCUCCUCCCCCGCCUACCAUUGUCUCUCCUGGCAUGUUUCCAUCCCAGCCUUCCCCUGCAGAGAUCAAUCCCUUUUCAAGGAAAGCAGGCCAGCAGCUGGGGUAGAAACCACUUGCCUGUAUCAGGUUCACUGACACCACUAAAACCAAAGUGGGGACACCUAGCAUUAACAGUUCCUAAAUGAGAGCUUCACCUGAGCUUGGUGAACACCAGUAAGAGCCAAACCGCUCCCUACUGCCCACAUUUCUUUUUUAAGGAUGCCCUUUAAAAACCCCCAGCUUGUUCACCAUCACGUUGCAUAUUAGAUACAGAAAUACUCUGGAUGUAUUGGCAUAGUAACUCAUAUUGCAGCAACUGAAACAGCUGAAGUGUACUUCCCAAAAGCUGACAGUGGGGAAAUUAGCAGUGGACGCAGGACAUAUUUGGGGAAAGGGAUAUCUUAAUUGACCCCAAUGACCAUUUAUGUAUGAGGGAUGUGACUUGGAGCUGUAGUGCGGCUGAAAAAACUUUGGAACUGCAACUGUGACCAAAACUGCCCACUGGGUACUGGAUUUCAGCAGACUCUCGCAGCUCAAGUCACCCAUAAAUGAUUAUCCAUGUGUUGUGUGCGGCACGAGAAUCAGCUAGAUUGUAGUUAUAUUUAGGAGUACAUAUAAAUCUAUAAAGCUUAAUCUUCUUUUAUAAAAGGUCUACUCACACACCGGACCAAUGUAUGGGAUUUAGAGGUGUCUAGCAGUGUAGUUGCAGAUUACAACGCCCUCGCCUCACCCUCCUGUCCCAAACUAUGGUGGCCAUGAAAAUGCAAAACACCCUAUUUAGGGCCGUUCGGGCUGUUAUACAAACAUGGCGGUUCAACAUGGGGGAAUCUGUAGAAUAGGACCCGCUCCCUCUGUAGAUAAAUAUAGCUCAUUCUAAGAAAACAAAAACACAAUUCUUAUUUUCAGGUUAUUAUACACUAAUGUUAGCAUACUUACAAAUAUAUUCCAUUUCUGCCAAUAGAUCCUCCUAAAUGUUGAACACUGGAUCUUUAAACACAAUUAAAUGGUUAAAACACAUAAGUGAGAUCACUGUAAUGUAACCCUAUGCUGUGGUCAUUAUUAGCCUCACAGAUGCCAUCUUUAAUCUUUCAAGCUGAGGCACAGUUUGUAGCCUGACUUUGCUUGUAAAUGAUGGCACAUUGUGAACCAUAUCUUAUUGUUUUAACCAUCUGUAAAGUGGAACAGUUUAGUUCUAAUCAUAUAAAAAGAAAUAUAUAUAUAUAUACAGGGAAAAAAAGGAAGAAUGUAUUCUCACAUCAUCAUGCUGCCCAAGAUGGAUGAUACCACAUGGUGGGAGAGGAAAGGGGGUGGUUGGGAAAGACCCCUGCCAUACAAACAUCCAACACGCUCUACAACCUCAGCUAGCAGAUUAUUUUAGGAUCAAACUGUUUAUGUGCUGAUGAUAGUUGCAAUGCUUUCAUCUGAGAAAGGGCUUUAUUAAUAGUUCUAUUAUAUAAAUGUUUGUGUGACCACAAAGCUAGCGUUGGCUCUUUAAAAUGUAUAUAAAACACAGUAAUAUAUACUUUGGGCAUAUAUUUUAGAAGUAGAAUCUUUUUAUGACUGUGUUUGUGAUUUUGACUUCUUUCAUAUGGCUUUGUGCUUUAUGCAUUAUGUCUAUGCUUUUUUGUAUCUCUGUACCAGCACAUGAAAUGUAUUAAUUACCAAUUUAUCAGUGCAAUUUUGCCUAAAUAAUUUCUCAGUAUUAUAAAAUGUUAAAAGCUGUAUCCAUAGUCUUUAUAUGGUUGUUUUUUUAUGACGUUCCACUCUGAUAAUGAUGAAAUAAAAGUCACAUAUUGAAUAAAUAAAUCUUGCCAUAGAAUAGCUGGGAUUCCAAGCGGGGCCUCUCACUUAAUCUAGAACAAGUGACAACACGGCAGGUGCCGUCUCCUUUUACCAUUAGUCUGCAGUUGCCAAGUGUGAGUGGGACACAUUGGCCUAGGAAUUAAGCUCACCCCGACAACCAGGAUCUGAGUCACCAUUUACUGCCUGCCAAUAACAUAUAUAGAGCAUAAAGGCAUUCAGAACACACAAAAAGACAGUUUCAAGUAGCAUCCCA